AUGGUGCCCCGAGGCUUCGAGGACGAGGACCUCACCAUGUCCCUCUCCUCGUCCCACAUCCGCCGACCCCAGCAGCCGCCCCAACCCCCACAACAACAACAUGGCCGUCCCGACGAUGCUCGCGGUCCCCAGCCGCCGCCCCUCAAGGAGAGGAUCAAGACGGAACAGCGCAUCGGCGCCUACAAGGUCCUCCGCACCCUCGGCGAGGGCUCCUUCGGCAAGGUCAAGCUCGCCAUCCACAAUGGCACCGGCCAGCAGGUCGCCCUCAAGAUCAUCGCCCGGAAGAAGCUCAUUAGCCGCGACAUGGCCGGUCGCGUCGAGCGCGAGAUUGAAUACCUGCAGCUCCUGCGCCAUCCUCACAUCAUCAAGCUCUUCACCGUUAUCAAAACCCCCAACGAGAUCAUCAUGGUCCUGGAGUAUGCCGGCGGAGAACUCUUCGACUACAUUGUCCAGCACGGUCGCAUGAAAGAGCCCGAGGCUCGCCGCUUCUUCCAGCAGAUGCUGUGCGCUGUCGAGUACUGCCAUCGUCAUAAGAUUGUCCAUCGCGACCUCAAGCCGGAGAACCUGCUCCUCGACGAGAACCUCAAUGUCAAGAUUGCCGAUUUUGGUCUCAGUAAUAUCAUGACGGAUGGUAAUUUCCUCAAGACCAGUUGCGGAAGCCCCAACUAUGCCGCUCCCGAAGUCAUCGGCGGAAAGCUAUACGCAGGUCCCGAAGUCGAUGUCUGGAGUUGUGGUGUUAUCCUCUACGUUCUCCUCGUCGGACGACUUCCCUUCGACGACGAGCACAUCCCCAGCCUGUUCGCCAAGAUAGCGAAGGGUACCUACAGCAUCCCCCAGUGGAUGCCCGUCGGUGCCGCUACCCUAAUCAAGAAAAUGCUCGUCGUCAACCCCGUGCAGCGAGCCAGUAUCGAUGACAUCCGACAAGAUCCCUGGUUCAUGACUGAACUGCCGGCCUACUUACAGCCCCCCGUCGAGGAGUUCUACAACACCGGUGUUGACCCCAACAAGGCCAUUCAGAAGAGCGAUAUUGCCCCCAACGCCCCCGAGAAGGUCCAGGAGAGGUUGCACAAUGAAGUUACCGAGAAGAUUAGUAAAACCAUGGGAUACGGCAAGACUGAUGUCGAAGAGGCGCUGCAGGCAACCGAGCCGUCAGCCAUCAAGGAUGCCUACAUGAUUGUGAGAGAGAAUAAGAUGAUGCAAGUUAACCAAAAUCCUGACGCACUGCUAGCAGAGCCAGAGGGCUCAAGUCCAAUGCUGAGCAUGUCGUCGGCUCGCUCAGGGAUUUCGCCCAUGGCGGGUUCUCCUCGGCCAUAUGUUAGCAAGGUUGGUAUCUUGCCUUCGAGUUUACCGGCCUACCACAAAGACUACAUCGAGAGGGAAAAAGCCGGCAACUUCAAGAACUCGCCACCGAAGGUGUUUGUUAACGACGAGCCUUCCAUGGACCGAACCGAUGCCGAGAAGGAGGAAACCGCGCGCCGUCUGAAGCCGCACUCGAGAAGUCAGCUCCGCCUGGACGAAGCCAAUAAGCGCCCCCAAGGCAUGACUCCCAUCCACCCUCCCAAGAAGAACAAGCCAGUGCGAUGGCAGUUUGGCAUUCGAUCGCGAAAUUCUCCCUGGGAGGCGCUGUUGUGUAUUCACAAGGCGCUGAACAAGCUGGGCGCCACCUACAUCCCUGACGAGGAUUACGAGGCGAAAAACGAAGAGGAGCGUAUUGCGAGGGCAAUGGACUCCGAUUUCGAUUCCUAUGAGGAAGACUCAGGCAUCAGUCGCGCCAUUGAUCCCAUGAGGCGAUACAAGCUGCCUGCUGACCCAUGGCACAUCAAUGUUCGUUGGGACACUGCAACACUCAAGAAGAAGUCAGGGAACCUACCAGAAGGCGCAGUCGACGGAUAUCAUACUCUGCAGGACGACGCUAAACGGCCGUUUGCCGCCUUGCAUUUGGACAUCCAGAUCUAUGAGAUGGAGCACGGUGUCUACUUGGUCGACUUUAAGUGCUCAGGGUACGAGAAUGCGCAGGGACGGCUGCUUGAGGAGAAGGAUGUGACCAGCCCGUUCCCGUUCUUGGACAUGGCUGCCAAGCUGAUCAUGCAGCUGGCCGAGGCGGACUAA